AUGGACAACGCACAGGACGUUGGCAUAAUACAGCCAGACCCAAUUAACAUAAUACAGCAAGAACCAGAGAUCGUAUAUGCAGAAAUUUGCAGACUUUUAGAGGAAAUAACGAGAAAAGAUGAACAAAUUAAAGGUCUUGAAAAUCGGAUCGAGAAAUUAUCAACAAAUUAUACGAGUCUGCAUGAUAAAGUAGAACAAAAAAACGCGGAAAUUAAACUUCUUGAAGACCAAAUCGAAGAAGAAUUAAGAACUUGUACAGGACUGAAGAAGAAACUUGAAGAAGCCAACGACAUGUUUUAUAAAACUUUUGAAGCAUUCCAGAAAGCAGAUGAUAAAAACAUAGAAGAAUCUGAGAAAACUUCAGCUUACAUAAAAAAAUUAGAAGACCAAGCAAGAGUGACCGACGACUAUGUGGCAACACUUGAAAUCAAGAAUGAAAAAAUGGAGACGCUUCUGGAAACACGCGAAAAUGAGCUGAAUGCGCUCCACAGUCAAAUGAAACUUUUAACAAACAAUCAAAGAGGAAAUUUUGCCUCAGACAAGGAGUUUGUUUCUCCGUCCAACUCGCAAACAAUAUAUCAAAAAAAAAAGCCACUUUCUUACGCACAUAAUCAACAAAUAAUCGAUAUAGUCUCCACAGCGAUGGAUAAAAUAAUGAAUGAAUCGGAGAAAACGUCAGCUUGCAUCAAAAAAUUAGAAGACCAAUCAAGAGAGUUUGCUUCUUCGCAAAAAAUAUAUCAAGAAAAAGAGCCAUUUACUCACGCGCAUAUUCAAGAAAUAAUCGAUAUAGUCUCCAAAGCGAUGGAUAAAACUUGUCAACUAAAAAAUGAACAAAAUACACUUGCUAUUAUUGAACUUAACGAAAAACGUCGAGCACAAUUAAAAGAGGUUCAAGAAAUACUAGAUAGACUGACUCGUGGUG